CCUAGACAUAUGUUUGUAAGCAUCUGUCAUUAACUAUUUGUUUACUUGUCGAUAAUUUACCUAAAAUUAUUUGAAAAUGGGAAAAGUCGAAUGGACCAGUACAAUGAUCGCGCGACUGAUAAAGGAAGCAAAGGAGCGGCCAUGCCUUUGGAAUAAGACCGAUAGCCAGUUCGCAAACAAGAUUUAUAAAACAAUCGCUUACGAGGAGAUCGGUGAUAUACUUGGUGUUCCGGGUGAAAAUGUGCGCAUGAAGUUGCGAAAUUUGCGCAUUAAUUUCAUGCAAGUACACAAGAAACAAUUGAAGGCGUCGUUAAAUGCUAAACGCGUUUAUCCACCCAAGUGGGAGUACUAUGACGCCUUGCUCUUUAUGGCGGAAUCAUGUGUUCCUGUCGAAGGAACUCCUUCAAAAAGAAUCAGGCGCGCGGUAGAGUACGAGGAAUCAUCGACAUCCUUUGACCCCUUAAUGGAUGAGGUUAGUAGAACAGAUGAGAUCUAUAAAACAGAAGAGCUGAACGAAGAAGAUGAGUGCUAUAAUUCAGAAGAGUUAAACAGAACAGAAAAGUACAAAAAUUCAGAGGACUUUAACAAUUCGGCGGAUUGCAAUAGAAGAAACGAGUCUAAUAGAAUAAACGAACCCAUCAUAUCACAAGAAAAAGCCCGCGUCAACAAUGGUUCGAACGAAAUAUUUGGCGAAUAUGUGACGGCUAGCCUUAAUUGUCUCGAUGAUGCUAAAUUCGUUAAGCGAAUGAAAGCUAAAAUACAACUUUCAAUAUCUGAGGUGAUGACUGAAAGUGCGAUGCUGAAAUUGUCCGAAUGCGACUCUUCCGCAGAACUUUAGGCUUUAUGUGUAAGCCUCGUUUAGAUUAGAACUCGUCCUUUUUUUACCCAAAAAUGUUCGUUAAAUUGUGAACAAUAUUAUGUUAGAUUCCUAUAUAAAAAUGCCUUUAUGUGUUUGAACCAAUUCGUUAGUGAAACAAUUGUUAAGUGUGUACUGAACAUAAAUGAAAUUCAUUAAGAAUUCAAAUUAUUUGAUAGAAUAAAAGUACAUUUAAUCUA